AUGUAAUUACAAGCUUUAAAUAUAUUUAGAAAAUUAGAAUUUGGUGGUGGUUAUCCUAGACCAAUGAUAGAACUUAUAGACUCAAGCUUUCUAAUGGAUAAUAAAAAGGCUAAAAGCACAAAUCCUCAAUUGAUUAUAAACUUGCCACCUGAUAUGAAUAUGGCUGACUUACUUAAUUACAGGAUUAGCAAAAAUGAAAUUUAGAAGAGGCAACUUUAAAAUGAGAUGAAUAAAUUAGGGAUCCAAAAAUAACAGAUUGAAAUGAAUAGGAAAUUUAUCAGCAAUAAACUAAAGCAAAGAAAAGCACAAAAAGAAUAGGAGAAAAAUGCACCUGAUCCAGAAGAGCAGUAACUAAAGGAAGAAUUGUAAAAGAAAAUGGAAUAGUCUAAACAGUCUUAGUAGGGAAAUAAAUUGAUAAAUUUGCUUAGAAAAAGUUAAGAUAAAAAAGCAGAAGAACCAGCAGCAAAGGAAGUUCAAAAGCAAAAAUAAGAUGAGUAAAAGUUAGAGAAGAUAAUCAGCAAAAUCGAUUAUCCACCUAUUGAAAUUAAAACUGUAUUAGGUAAAAGAAUUGAUUUGAAUAAGGAAUAAUAAGAAAAUAAAUAACAACCAACAAAAAGAGUAAACUUUGACAUAUACUCAAAUACUAAUGUCUUUAGCAAUCAAAAGAUAAAGGAAAGGUCAGAUAAUUACAAGAAUAUUUUGCCAGAAUUAAGCUAGAAAACCACUAACAGUAUUGACGAAAAGAAACCAUUUAUAAAUAAUAAUGCUAGCUGGAUUAAAAUAAAGGCUCAUAAGUAUCCACAGGACCAGAAAAAGAAAGUAGAUUUUGCAUACAAAAGUGAUUCCAGCUCAGAAGGAGAAAAGACCAAACUUCGACUAACUGGGAAUAAGCAAUGA